AUGUCCGCAGCAAUUGGAUCAUCCAUGGGUCAGUUGCAUCUAAUCGAUCAUCCUGAAUUAAGGCAAGGCUUUCAAACUUCGAUCUCUAAUGUGGUUAUGGAUGGACGAGAAUGCAAUGAUGAUGACAGUGAUGAUGACGAUGAUGACGAUGAUGAUGAUAGUGAAAACAAAUGCAUCGCUGGUGAACAUUCAGCGCCGUAA